AUGGCACAGGAGCAGGUAAGAGAAAAGUAUAGACAAUUAUCCGAAAAUGUCAAAAAAUUGCAGAACAUAAGACGGAUGCUCAUCGAAAGUGUGCCGUGCGGCUCCGGAUGGGACCCCAAAAUCGACCGUAUGAGCGUCGAACAUAUGAUCGAGUAAGACCUCAUUGCUCGUAAAUUUUGAACACUUAUCAAGAAAGUGUCCCAUUUUAUGCUCGACGAAAUUCGCAAUUAUGGCGUUAUCCAGGCUGUGAAAAAAAUGAUUGUUUUCCGUUUUUUUUGGUUUUUUUACGUCAGAAAAUCCAAUUCAGCGAUGUAAAAAAACUAAUAAAAAAACAAAUGUGCGCCGUGCAAAAGUUGUCUUCGUCAAAUCUUCAUACCGUUUUUCCUCAGUCAAUUUUGCAUUUAGUGAGCCCAUCAAACGAUGAAAACGUUCGCUGAAUCUUUCUUUAUGGGGCUAUUCAGCGUAUGCUUGUUUUCCGUUUUUUUUUCGUUUUUUUGCACCGCUGAAUUGAGUUUUUUGACGUAAAAAAACGGAAAAAAUCAUUUUUUUCACAGCCUGAAUAACCCCAUUACCAAAACGAGACAUCGGCGGUUAGGUUUCUUGAGCAGUUUCGAAAAUUGUUUGAACAACAUCAACGAUAUGCGAGAUUUCUGACCAAAUUGUUGCUUGUGUGCUCUAAUAAUAGGGUUAUUCAGGCUGUGAAAAAAAAUGAUUUUUUUUCCGUUUUUUUACGUCAAAAAGCCAAUCCAGCGGUGUAAAAAAACGAAAAAAACGGAAAACAAAGAUACGCUGAAUAGCCCCAUAAAUCAUACCAAAGCCCUAGCCCCGUAAAUCGACACAUCCCGCAUGUUGUAAGUGCGCCCCAUUGAGCACUCGCCCCUUGCCAGAUUCUAAUUUUCGCAAAAAAAGUUGCGCUUUCGUUGCUAAACAAUAAACAAUUGCAGCCACGACGGCUACCAGAGAGAGUCGUUCUAUUGCAAAAUGCCGCUGAAGGAGGGCAGAGGCAGACAGUGCAUGCACGUGGCGCCGCUUCAGGACCUCAUCGAGCACGUCUCCGCGCACAUGUAAGUUUCCUUUCCUAAUUGUCCACAAACAAACGCGUAAUUUCCAGGGGAUUCGAGGUUUUCCAAUGCCGAAAAUGCAAGAUUGGUUUUCCGAACGAGACGAGGCUCGUCGCGCACAGACAGGGACGGGGAUGCCGUUCGGUACGAUUUUCGAACAAAAAAAAACAGAAGCUCUGGAAUUACGUUUUUUACGAAAAAAUCCUUAUAGCCAUUAGUUGCCCCCAUGACACUGAUACCCAAAAAGGAAAUUAUUUUCAGGGAACGAAUAGCACGGAUGUGUUCACACAUUCCGUGAGGGACACCGUCUUUAUCCGCCGCGUCGUCAACGCGUUCAUUGGUCCGGCGACGAAGGAGAUGGUGGAAGCAUUCAAAAUUGCAUCCGCGAAGACGCGAGCCGUCAUCACGGGCACUCCGAAUUAUGGCGAGGAUGACGGCGAUAAUGAGGAGAUAUUCGAGCCGGCGAAGAGCCGCCGGUCCCAGAGCGAUCUCCAGGCGCCCAGCACCUCGGCACCGCCCGAUCGAGUGGCCACCUUGUCGGAAGAGCUCAACCGGGUGCCGAACCCUCUUGCGCCGCGCGUCAAACCGGUCUUCCGCGACCUCCCCGCGCACCUGGAUCCGAGACAGCAGCCAGCAGAACCAGUUGUCGAGAGACCCGCAGAAGUGGAACGAGUUGUCUUGCCGGUCCGCUCCACCCCGUCGUUGUUGUCGUUCAUGGACCCGGGAUACCGACUGCCGAGACCCGUGCCCGCCGAUCAGACUCCCUCCACACCGAGACCAACGAGAGAGGAGCAACCGGGACCGUCGGAACUCCAGAAGCAGAGACCGGCUGAAGAGGGCCCAUCUACAUCGUCCCACUCGGCAGACCGGGAGCCGAGACGGUCGGAACACCGGGAGCCGCGACGGUCGGAACACCGGGAGCAGAGACCAAUGAGAGAAGAGCAACCGGGACCGGUGCCGGCUGAGGAGGUUCCCUUCGCAUCGCCGCACCCAGGACGCCAGGAAGCGAGACGGUCGGAACGUCAACACCGGGAUUCGAGACGGAGAUCGAGAAGCCGAACGGCCGACGAAGAGCGAAGACAUGAUCGCCGUUCCAGAUCGUCGAGAAGAACCGAACGGCGAAGGAAUUUGAAGCCGGACUCGUGAGUGAUAAUCGGACGGUCUCGCCGCGAAAUUCAUCUUUGAACGCGCUUCGAAAACUGCUGGAAAUUCGGAGAAAAACAUACUAUCGGGGCAUCUCAAAGUGAAAGCGCUCUGUCGAGAAACCCCUCUUUUUGUGAUCUCCGGGUCCACGAAACCGAUGCCCCGAUAGUACCUGAGCGGAAUAUUUAAAUCGUGCUUAAAAAAAUGUUCGUCGUGAAAGCAAUCUACUAAAAUUGCGCACAUUUUCAGGAUGAUCUCGACGGUGGUGCGGAAGCCGAGCGCAUUCGGACAGGGCUCGACCGGGGUCUCCUACUCGACGCGAUCCGGGUCGCCGGGAUUCGCGCGCAGCGUGGACGAAGCGAGGCAAGAUGCCGAGGAGCUCGAAAGUAAGUUUUUCCUAAAAUUAGGAUUACUGGUGCAAAGUUGUCCGAUUCCGGGACCAAAUUCGCGCACAUUUCGGGUCCAAAUAUCUGGAAAAACCCUCUUGUUUUCUAGGGAUCAAGCGGCUCCGUGAUAAAGCAGAAGUGAAGAGCCACGCGACUGCGAAGGCUCUGCCGAAUCGGAGCCGGUUGGCGUCGCUUCUCGUCGAUCCGAAGGGCUUCGAAUACCGGAAGGCUCUGGCAUUGCAUAGCAAAGGAAAUGCGGAGGAGAGAGCAUCCGCCGCGCCGCUCGUCCGCGAGUUUCACGAGCUUGAGAGAGAGCUACGAGCGGCGGACGCGGCGGACGCGUCGGAAACGGCCACCACUUCCUCGGCGGCUCCUCUCCCCCAGCAAGAACCGGAAGAAGAAGCGCGGCCGGUCAGACGGGAAGAAGAAGCGCGGCCGGUCAGACGGGAAGAAGAAGCGCGGCCGGUCAGACCGGAAGAAGAAGCGCGGCCAGUCAGACCGGAAGAAGAAGCGCGGCCGGUCAGGGGACCGCACACGCCGCCGGGCUCUCCGGGCGAUGUCACGGGUCCGCCGGCCCAACGUCCCAGAUACGAGGAACCGCAGCCGGUCCCGCCGCCCCAGGCUCAUCAAGGAUGGAUGCUGGGCUUUCCGGUACCACCGCAAUCCCUACAAUACUACUGGCAACAGCAGCAGCAGCAGCAGCACGGACAAUGGGUCCAGCAGCCGCCCACGCACUACUAUCAGCAGCAAUACCACCAACCGGCGGGACCAGCCCCGGGUCUUCAUAAUCCGCACCACCAGCAGUAUCCGCACCAUCAACAAUACCAGCAGCAACCACCGGGACCGGCGGCACCAGUUGCUCAUCCUUUCCACUACCAACAGCAAUAUCAACAACAGUACCAACAGCAGUACGAUCAACCGGCGGGACCGUCGUCAACUCCCCAGCAGCAGCAGCAGCAACCAACGGAACCGUCGCCAACUCCGAGGGACCAUGGCGGUCGGCGCGAGCAGAGACGGAGACACGACGAUCAGGGAGGAUCGUCGCGGCAUUGAAAAGGUUGGUUGGGCAUUUUCCCGAAACGUGAAAUCAUCAGAAAAGCACAAAUUAAGCGUAAAAUAGUGUAACAUGAAUAUUCAAUUCUAGUCCCUGAUUUCAGGCCGAAAAAGCCCGAAGAUCAGCAGGCCAGGACCACACCCAAUUUUGAUAAUAAAUUGCAACUUUAUCCAUUCAAAUAG